UCAAGUGCAAAUGUUUUUAUUUAUUUACGUGUCAAGCUCACACAAACUAUGGAUAAUUAUCAAGAAGUGUACAAAUCUAUUUGUCGUGUGUGUUUAUCGCAUUCAUCAUAUCAAAAUAUGGUGUCUUUAUUUGAUACUUCGACCAAUGACAAAUUAAGUUGUUACGGAAAGUAUGUGGUUACUUUCGCUAACAUUAUACUGCAAAUUGACCAUAAUUUACCCGCUAUGAUGUGUAAAAAACUGUUUAUCAUUAUUAAAGCAAGCCAUUAUGUUCAAAUACAAGUGUGAAAAUAGCGAUUUGCAACUCCAAAACUUGAUGAGAAUCAAUAAUUCAGGUAAAGAUCAUAAAGAAUUGAUAUGUCAGUAUACCAUUUUCAAACACUAUUUUCCUGAAGAAUGUGUGCCUACCAGAAGUAUCAAUAAGUCUAAUGGAGGAACAACAUAUAAUAGUGACAAGAAAACGAAUGCAAUUGUUCUAAAUCAAACUGAAAGUGAAUCAAAACCUUUGCCUCAAGCGAAUGAAGAUUCCGACUCCAACUGGGGUCAAGGUAGCCUCAAUGAUGUUCCAGUUACACAUAAUACAGACCCAGAGACCAAAUUUGACGAAACCCAUUCUGAUUCAGACGAUGCACUACUUAAUAAAUUAGAAAAAAUCAUAAGUGCUGACAUGCAUAACAUAAACACUACAGUUUACAACUACAGAUACAAGAAAUUGACAAAACGAAACACGAGACGCAUGAAAAGAGACUUUAAAUGCAGUCUAUGUAAUCUACAAUUAUCAAAUCGACUGAGAUAUGACCGUCACAUGCAACGGCACAAUGGCUGCAGAUUUAUGUGCGAAGGAUGUGCUAAAGCGUUUCCUACAAAAUGCGAGUUGAAUGUACACCAAGUAGCAACCCACGGCAUCGGUCCGUACCUACAAUGCAAUCACUGCUCAUUCAAAGCUGCAAGGAAAAUAACUUUGAUCGAACACAUACGUCUCCAUACGGGUGAACGGCCAUACACUUGUGAGAAAUGCGGUCUAACGUUCCGUAGAAAAGCUUUAUACCGUAACCAUCUUGUAUACCACAGCGAGAAGACAUUCCAAUGCUCCCAUUGUCCAAAGAAAUUUUACCGUCACUGCGCUAUGUUGGCUCAUAUGAAUAAUAUACAUGAGAGGAAGUAUCUUUAUAUGUGUAAUAAAUGUGGCAUAACAUACACAAAAAAUAUGACAGUUAGACGGCAUUUGACUGAGAAACACGGUAUACCUAGAGAAAUGCAGGGAAAAAUUCCUAAAGUUAGGAAAGGGUCAGGUUUGGAUUUGCCAGUGAAAUAGUUUGGAAUUAAGGCUUUAAGAAAGAUAUUUU